GGGGAAGCGGCCAUUGUCAAUCACCACAUCGAGAAGCUAGAAAGAGGAAGAUAGUCGUGCUGAGAGAAAACAGAGGAAACUAUGAUUUGGUGAAAAAUCAUGUCAGCUUUGCUGGUAUAUAUGUAAUCGUCCGUCGCGAUUACUUUGUGUUUUAUGCGCCUUAUCGUGGGCACUUUUCGUUAACCAGCUUGGCAGUAAAUUAGCAGUGUUUGAUUUCCAUUCCCCUUAUGUCUGCCGAGGCAUCUGGUUCAUCCGGUGGGAAUGUGGUCACUGCGUCCAGCUCAGCCCCACCAUCCUCCAGCCAUGUUGGGGAAGAAAAGGCCGGUAGAGGCCUAACAGGAAGUAAAUAUGUCAAGCUCAAUGUGGGGGGUACUCUCCACUACACCACGGUCCAGACACUGAGCAAAGAGGAUAAUUUGCUCAGGAGUAUGUGCAACGGGAGCAUGGAGGUCACCAUUGACUCGGAGGGCUGGAUGGUGCUGGACAGAUGUGGGCGACACUUUUCCCUGGUACUGAACUUCCUGCGAGACGGGACAGUUCCUUUGCCAGAGAGCACACGGGAGCUGGAGGAGGUGUUGAAGGAGGCACAGUACUAUAGGCUCCAGGGCCUUGUGCAGCACUGCCUCACCACCAUACAGAAACACAAGGAUGGCUGCAGAGGAUGUCACAUUCCUAUGAUCACUUCAGCCAAAGAGGAGCAGAAGAUGAUAGCAACCUGUAGGAAGCCAGUGGUGAAACUGCAGAAUAACAGAGGGAACAAUAAAUACUCCUAUACCAGCAACUCUGAUGAUAACCUUCUGAAGAACAUCGAGCUGUUCGAUAAGUUGGGGCUGCGCUUCAAUGGCAGAGUGCUGUUCAUUAAAGACGUUUUGGGAGAUGAGAUAUGCUGCUGGUCUUUCUAUGGCGAGGGACGCAAGAUUGCUGAAGUCUGCUGCACCUCCAUUGUUUAUGCCACUGAGAAGAAACAGACCAAAGUUGAGUUCCCAGAAGCUCGUAUCUUUGAAGAGACACUCAACAUCCUGAUCUAUGAAAACGGGCGAGGCUCUGGAUCAGGAGGCAUGGCCCUGUUGGAGUCAGGGGGUGUCUCAUCCCCAGGUGUUGGCCAGUCAGAGGAGGAGGGGGCGGGUGUAGGGGGUGGGGAUAGACGGGUGAGGCGUAUCCAUGUGCGGAGGCAUAUUAUGCAUGACGAGAGGGGUCAUGGACAGCAGACUGUCUACAAAGACUGAAUGUUAAAGAAAUAGAGGAAUGGUCUUUUAGGGGAGUGAAGGCCCUCUGUAACUGGGGUCCUGUGAACCGAUAUGCAUGUAAAAAAGGAUUGGCUGAGAAAAGAAGACAGAUUAACAUUGGUAUGCGUAAUACUGCACUGAAAGGGAGGGGUGGGAGGUAACUAUGGCCUAGUUUAGAAAUUAUUGUAAAGUUGCCACCAUGUGGUGCAAUUUUGUUUAUAUUUUUCUGUGAGAUAAAUCAUCAUUUGUUUUUUUGUUUUGUUUUUUAAUUUAAUUUAUUCUGUUAAUUUAUUGUCCAGACUUUUCAUUUUCUUAUGAGUAAAUGUGAAAUUGAAGUUGUUUUUUUGUUUUUUGUUUAUACGGGCCAUGUGAAAGCUUAUCUUUCAGUGUGUAAUGGUAAACUGUGACGUAUGCUGAUUUGUGUGUUUGAAUGACAGGUUGAGAGGUACUUAGUGGGUAUUUCAUAUUGUAGAGAGAAGUCAGAUCUUAUGAAAAACUGACAAAAAUGUGUGAAGCCUGUUGUUACAGCCAUAGAUAGUAAAGGAUAAGUUUUGGAUAAACAGAGGAUCAUCAUUUGAAUGGGCAAGAUACAACCGUUACAGACAUAUUUAUAACACUUGUAUUGUUUUUUCUCAACAAAAUACUCCCAACAAUCUCUGACAUCAUAUUACUCAUGUUCGUGAACUUUUUUGUCCACAUCAGUAAGAUUAAAAAUUACUUGCACUAGCACUAAACACUGUUUUAGUUUAAUUGCAGGAGCAUUUAUAGAUUAUUUGAUGCUUACAGCUAAAAAUUAAUCACAUAGGAGUUUGGAUCAAUAUUUUUUCCCCCCAUGAAUUACAAACCCCCUCACCAAAAUGUCUUUAUUGACCAUGGAAAGCCAUACUUGCACACACUCAAUGUACUAAACCAAAAACAUUCCCUAAUUUUGCAAACUAGUAUGCAUGCAAUGCCGUCCUGAUGUGGUCUUGGUAUUUUAUCCAAAUGGAAGAAAUAUUCCAUUAACAUUUUCAAUAAAACGUCUUUUUGAUUAAA